UCACUUCCAAAUCAAAUCAAAUUUUCUUUCACUAAAAAAAAAACUGUCUUUUCAUUCAAAUCCUUCAUCUUCCUUCCAUUUCUAUUAUCAGAUCCCACAAAAAUUUUCUAAAUUCUCCACAUUAGGGUUUCCCACAUUCAAAACUGAAUUCAAGCGGUUAUUUCAAAUUGAAGCGGUUUCUCGCCGAUUUCCGAUGUCGGCUUCCACCCUCUCCAUCACGGCGGCGAACCCGGGGACGCGACGGAGACCCGUGAUCGCCGCCGAUAAGAAGACCGCCAGUAAUCUCGAACUUCUCGCCAACGACGUCGCCGUUUCACCUGCCGCCGUCGAUGCAAAGACGCCCUCCGCUGGCCGGGAUCUCAGCCACCACUCGAUCCGCGGCGAGGCUUAUUUAGAGCCGGCGGCGAAGACGGUUUCCACCGCUGUGCCGGUGAGAAGGGCGAGGAAGUCUCCGACGAAGGCUGAGAAGCCGCGGUGGGUCACGGUGGCGAGGAUUUUGGCUAAGAAUUUUGUGCUUUUGGUUGUGCUUGCUGGGUUGAUUCAGUUGAUUCGCCGGCUUGCGUUGAAAUCUGAUGACGUUGCUGUGGUUGGGUACUCGGGGUUGUCGGAAUUCGAGGGGAAGAUUUCAGAUAUGGAGGGGUUGCUGAAGAACACGGCGAGGAUGAUUCAGGUGCAGGUGGAUGUGAUGGAUAAGAAGAUUGAGGAUGGGGUUAGCGGGUUGAGGAAGGAAUUCGAUGUGAAAAUUGAAGAAAAAGGCGCUUAUUUGGAGGGUGAAUUGAAGAAUUUAGAGUCGAAGGGAGAGAAAUUGGAGAGAUAUUUGAGUGAGUUGAAGGCUGAAAAUUGGCUAUCAAAGGAAGAGUUUGAGAAGUUUGUUGUGGAUUUGAGGAAGGUGAAGGGGAAUGGGUAUGAGGGUGGUGGUUUGGAUGAGAUAAGAGAGUUUGCGAAAGGGGUGAUUCGGAAGGAGAUUGAGAAGCACGCUGCUGAUGGGCUUGGGAUGGUGGAUUAUGCUCUUGGAAGUGGUGGAGCGGCGGUUGUGAGGCAUUCGGAGCCCUAUGAUGUUCGGAGGGGCAACUGGCUCUCGUUACUUUCCAGUGUCCACCCCAAUGCUGAUAAGAUGUUGAAACCCAGCUUUGGCGAGCCAGGACAGUGUUUUCCAUUGAAGGGUAGUAGCGGGUUUGUUCAGAUUAGGCUGCGCACUGACAUCAUCCCUGAGGCUGUUACCUUGGAGCAUAUAGCAAAGAGUGUUGCAUAUGAUAGAUCAAGUGCUCCCAAAGACUGCAGGAUCUCCGGUUGGCUGCAAGGGCGUAAUGCAGAUUCUAUAGUUGAUACUGAAAAGAUGUUUCUCCUCACAGAAUUUUCAUAUGAUCUUGAGAAGAGCAAUGCGCAAACAUUCAAUGUGUUGAAUUCAGCAGGUUCUGGUGUUAUCAACACAAUAAGGCUCGAUUUUACGUCAAACCAUGGAAACCCUUCACACACUUGUAUAUAUCGGUUGAGAGUUCAUGGACACGAGCCUGAGUCAGUUUCUAUGAUGGCAUUGCAGUCAUAAUUCAUCUUUUGUUUGCUUGGAAUUUUAUCAAUGUUCGUGUAAUUGUUCAGUAUUGUUUGUUCAGAUGUAGGAUAGGAAGUCAUGGUCUCUGUUUAUACCAGAUGCAGUCACUAAUGUUCCUUGCUAGAGUUUAACUUCUUAAUGCUGUUUCAAAUGGAUUUUGUAUUUAGUGUAUGAUUUCUGAAUUAGGCAGAUAGUAGAUUUUGGCCUUUUGGGUA